CCCCGUCCCCCCCGCCGCCGCCGCUUCCACCGGGAUUUAACCGGGGCUUGGAUGCUUUCACCUCCCGCUUCCACUUCGGGAGGGCAUGUGCGCGGGGGAAGCGGGCCGCCCCCAGCGGAGCCCCCCCGCGCCCUGACUCCACGCUGAGGGGCUCGGCCGCCAGCCCCGUCCCGCCGCCGGCCCCGGAGGACGGGGAGCGCCCGCCCGCCCCGGCCCCCCCUGGCCGGUGGGUACCGGGCGGGGGGCGGCGGGUACCGGCAACUUGUGUUUAGCGUCCGGCGGUACCGCCCGGGGGGAGCCCCCCCUCUACCCGACGAGAUUUGGGUUUAAACUUUGGGUUUUGGGGAGCCCCGAAGAUGCCUUUCCACCCGGUGACGGCGGCGUUGAUGUACCGGGGGAUCUACACCGUCCCCAACAUCCUCGCAGAGCAGCGCCCCGUGGAGAUCCCGGAGGAUGAGCUGGAGGAGAUCCGGGAAGCCUUCAAGGUGUUCGACCGCGAUGGCAACGGGUUCAUCUCCAAGCAGGAGCUGGGCACGGCCAUGCGCUCCCUGGGGUACAUGCCCAACGAGGUGGAGCUGGAGGUCAUCAUCCAGCGCCUCGACAUGGACGGUGACGGGCAGGUGGACUUUGAGGAGUUCGUGACAUUACUGGGGCCCAAGCUCUCCACCUCGGGCAUCCCGGAGAAGUUCCACGGCACCGACUUCGACACUGUCUUCUGGAAGUGUGACAUGCAGAAGCUGACGGUGGACGAGCUGAAGCGGCUGCUGUACGACACCUUCUGCGAGCACCUGUCCAUGAAGGACAUCGAGAACAUCAUCAUGACGGAGGAGGAGAGCCACAUGGGCACGGCCGAGGAGUGUCCCGUCGACGUGGAGACCUGCUCCAGCCAGCAGAUCCGCCAGACCUGCGUGCGGAAGAGCCUCAUCUGCGCCUUCGCCAUCGCCUUCAUCAUCAGCGUGAUGCUCAUCGCCGCCAACCAGGUGCUGCGCAGCGGGAUGAAGUAACGGGGUGCCCCCGCCGCCGGGGACCCGCAGUGCCAGCGAGGAGGAGACACCUAUAAAUAUCUAUAAAUAUCUCAAUGUACAUCCAUGUGUGGCCCAGAGACGUGACCCCCCCCGGGGAGGGGGGCAGCCGAGGGGACAGAGCCGCGCCGGGGCCCCGCCGUGCCGGGCGCUGCGGUCGCUGCUGUUCGCAAGGAGACUUUGGUACCGACACCGACCCCCCCUCGCCAGACAAAAACCGACCCGUGAGUGCAUGUGACGUGCAUGGAGCCCCGUGAGCCCCUCCCGCGGCGGAUCCCGUCGGAUUCUCCGAUCUAGCGUUAGAGCUCAUAUUUAGGAUAAACCAAAUCAUCCCCUAAGCAAUACACGCGCCUGAGAUGGUUCCUAGAGCCGGGAGCGUUUGCAUGGACUUGGCUGCCAAGGGCUGGAUUCCACCCUCCCCCCAAAGCCCCUCCCUGUCCCCCGGCCCCGUGCCGUGCCUCGGUUUCCCCACCUGCCCGGUGCGGGGACGUUCCUGACCUCCUGCUUGAUGCACUUUGAGCCGACCCCCCUUGGGAAGAGCCGGAGCGACCCCGAGGCCGGGGAGCCCCGCACGCCCCGGAACCCCCCAGCCUGUAUGUAGCACCCACCUGGGCACGGACUGGUUCGGAUUUGGGGCCGUUUCUCAUUCUUUGGAGUUUUUGGGGGUUUUGGGGUGGUGGUUUUGUUUUUGGUUUUGUUUUUUUGUUUUUUUGGUUUUUUUUGUUCUUCCUGGUUGGUUGUUUCCGAUCUGAAAUAAAACUGGUAUUUCUGAAGCGCUCUGGG